CCGGAAGUUUACAAUCGGCUAUCGAGAAAACUAACAUUUAGCUAGCAUUUUAUUUUGACCCACCAUCGAAAAGCCUCGAUUAUAACGAAACAACAGGAAAGAUGGUUUGUGAGAAGUGCGAGAAGAAGCUCGGUAAGGUCAUCACCCCUGACACCUGGAAGGAUGGAGCGCGGAAUACAACAGAGAGUGGUGGGCGUAAGCUGAAUGAAAACAAGUUCCUGACGUCUAAGAAAGCUAGGUUUGAUCCUUACAGCAAGACGGGCUUCGCUACCUGCAGGAUCUGCAAGAGCUCAGUUCAUCAGUCUGGAUCACACUACUGCCAGGGCUGUGCAUACAAGAAGGGAAUCUGUGCAAUGUGCGGAAAGAAAGUUUUGGACACCAAGAACUACAAACAGACAUCUGUGUGACAGUGUGCCGAUCCGAAAACAGUUCUACAAGUGAAAAAGAGAUGUGAAGAUGAAACUGAGGUGUAUAUAUGUCAUCUUGUCACAUUUGCUGUAUUAUUCCACAAUUCCCUGUCAUAGACAGCUAUAACUCUUUACUGUUAUUCUUCCCAACUCAGUGAAAGAGGGAUAUUUGGAGAUGGCUUUGUCCUCUUAUUAUAGAAUAUUAUAAAAUGCCACUGGAACUAAUACAGUGGCCAUACACAGGGUAGCACUGUCGUCUCCAAGUACACCACCAGUUAUCACCUGUUCCUUAAGCCAAGGUUUCUUUAUUUUUUGUAUAUUUUAAAUUAAAUACUUAGACUUGGAUUUUUUGCUUUUUAAAAAAUAAUUGAU